AUGGAAGGUUUUGAUGAUGGUGGUAUUUUUUUCUCACAAAACUUUACUGGUGAUAAUAAAGAAGGUGUUACAUUGAGUUUUAAAGCAAUAAAACAGAGUUUUAAAGAUUUUUUAAGAAAAUUUCACGAAGGAAAUUUUAAUUAUAAAUAUAGAGAUGCUCUUAAACGAAAUUAUGGUCUUGGUAAUUAUUCAUUGGAAAUCAAUUUACAAGAUCUAUCCAGCUUUGAUGAAAAUCUUGCUGAAAAAUUAUAUAAACAACCAGCAGAACAUUUGCCAGUGUUUGAAGAAGCUACCAAAGAAGUUGCAGAUGAAAUAACUCAUCCACGCCCAGAAGGAGAAGAAAUAGUUAAAGAUGUACAGGUACUCUUGACUUCAGAUGACAAUCCAGUCGUGCUUAGAAAUAUGAAAUCGGAAAUGAUUUCGAAAUUAGUUAAAGUUUCUGGGAUAAUUGUCUCGGCAUCAGGAAUCAGAAGUAAAGCUACUAAAAUGAGUAUACAAUGCAGAGGUUGCUUGACUGUAGUUCCCAACAUUGCCAUAAAGUUAGGUUUAGAUGGAUUUGCUCUUCCGAGAAAAUGUAGCAGAGGACUGGGAGCUGAUAAACAAUGUCCAUUGGAUCCAUAUUUUAUAUUACCAGAUAAGUGCUCUUGUGUAGAUUUUCAAACGCUAAAAAUGCAAGAACUUCCAGAUGACUUACCACAGGGAGAAAUGCCUCGUCAUCUUCAGCUAUAUGUCGAUCGUCAAUUAUGUGAUAAAGUAGUUCCUGGCAACAGAGUUAUUAUCACUGGAAUUUAUUCUAUUAAAAAAGUUGUUACAAAGGCAAAGAAAGGAGAAAAAUUUGUCGUUGGGAUAAGACAUCCGUACAUCAGAGUUGUAGGUAUUCAAGUGUGUGAUUCGGGAACGGGUCUCAGUAAAUUUUUGAACGUUACUCGCGAUGAAGAAGAAGAGUUCAGACGAUUAGCUGCUUCCGACGUGUAUGAAAAAGUAACAAAAUCAAUCGCUCCCAGUAUUUUCGGUUUUAAUGAGAUAAAAAAAGCAAUGGCAUGUUUGUUAUUUGGCGGAUCUCGAAAACGAUUACCUGACGGUUUGAUUCGUCGUGGUGACGUCAAUAUUUUGCUUCUCGGGGAUCCUGGUACUGCUAAAUCACAAUUGUUGAAAUUUGUCGAGAAAGUUGCUCCCAUUGGUGUUUACACGUCGGGAAAAGGUUCAUCUGCCGCUGGUCUAACAGCCUCCGUUUCUAGAGAUGCUGCCACGAGGAAUUUCGUGAUGGAAGGAGGAGCUUUGGUAUUGGCAGAUGGAGGCGUGGUAUGCAUUGACGAAUUUGACAAAAUGAGAGAGGAUGAUAGAGUUGCCAUUCACGAAGCAAUGGAACAGCAGACGAUAUCGAUAGCAAAGGCGGGAAUCACAACCACGUUAAACUCGAGAUGUUCGAUAUUAGCAGCUGCCAACUCCGUGUUCGGACGAUGGGACGAAACGAAAGGAGAAGAAAAUAUCGAUUUUAUGCCGACCAUUUUGUCUAGAUUCGAUAUGAUUUUCAUCGUCAAAGAUGAACAUAAUGCUGAAAAAGAUAUCACUUUGGCAACUCAUAUAAUGAACAUUCACAUGACCGGUGGAAAAUCUAAAGAAACAACAGUCGCUGGAGAAAUGCCGAUAAAUCUAUUGAAAAAAUACAUACAUUAUUGUCGAACUCAUUGCGGACCACGUUUAUCGGAAGCAGCUGGAGAAAAAUUAAAACACAGAUACGUUUUAAUGAGAGGUGGAGCAAAAGAACACGAAAUGCAAACGGACAAAAAAAAUAGCAUACCGAUAACUGUGAGACAAUUGGAAGCCAUCAUUCGAAUGUCUGAAUCACUGGCAAAAAUGCAACUCCUUCCAUUUGCAACGGAAGUACACGUUGAAGAAGCUCUUCGUUUAUUUCAAGUUUCGACAUUAGAUGCCGCCAUGUCUGGAUCAUUAUCCGGAGCUGAAGGUUUUACAACUCAAGAAGAUCAUGAGAUGUUGAUAAGAAUAGAAAAAAAUUUAAAAAGAAGAUUUGCCGUUGGAACACAAAUUUCAAUUAAUACAAUCAUUCAAAGUUUUACUCAAUACAAAUAUCCAGAGGCUGCUGUUCAGAAAGUUAUUUACGCAAUGAUAAGAAGAGGAGAAUUGCAACACAGAUUUCAAAGAAAAAUGUUAUUUAGAGUUUCUUAA